AUGAGCACGGCGGCGCUGCGGGCGGACGGCGCGGGCGACUCCACGCCCGGCUCCGACGUCGGCGAGCGCAUCACGCGCCUCUUCCCCAAGUGCCGUCCCAAGAACAUGCAGCACCAGCACGAAAGACUGAACUCCGGGCUGGAGGGGCGGGAGAACGAUGUCAACAUCUCCUCGGACGAGGGGGGGGAGGGCCAGCUAGUCAUUCUCAACUCUAAAGGCGGCACUUACAAACUCAGGGACUCUAGGAUAAUAGAAAUAGCGGGAGGUCGUGAGAUAUACUCGCAGAGUCGCACCAAGGCGGUGCGCAAGCUGCGGCACAAUAGCACUCACAAACACAACAUGAGGAACAAAGUGCGGUCUCUUAACAAGGACACCGUUGAUUAUGCAACAGAGAACAUACCUAACGAGAUACCACUACAUAGACUAAACAGCGAGCCCAAGAAAAUGGUAUCUCGACACACAUCACCAACGUACACGAACGGAGAAAGGGACCCAAUAAUUGAAUCGAACACCAUGGGUAUACCGAAAAACAGCUCCCCCAUAUUGGAUCCCCAUAAAACUAAUGACGUCAGCACUAAAAGUAGUCCCAUAGCGGUAGUUGCCGAUGGGGAAGUUGUCGUAUUUGAUGACAACGACGACUGGAAAGGUUUGAGGACGGAACCGGAAGCUAGUGAUGAUGAGAUAGAUAUGAGUGUAAAAAGGACUUUAGACAAUAUAAAAAAUGGUGAUAGUGAUAUGUUGAACAAUAAGAGUGAACUUAGUUGUGAUGGAGAGAGUGAGUCGUCUCCUUCUAGAGAAGACGUGAGGUUAAGUGAUGCGAGCCCCUCGGGGGUGUGGUUAUCGGGUGAUGAAGACAAAAGCAGGGUGACUAGGGUAAUAGGGGAGCUGCCUAUAGCUGAAUACGAAGGAUCGCCGCGGAGAUAUGGCAUUGUCCCACAAAAGACUUGUAACAGAUCGCCGCGGCCUGGCUUCCCACAGAGAGUAGUAACGGAGAGCAGGGAUGUGACACCACCGUCAGGGUCUGCGGCAUUCGACUACUUGUACGAAUUCUCGGAAACGAGGAAGGUGCUCGAGGAGUUCUUCAGGUGUCCCGCCGUCUCUGGCCACGCACAGCUCAACGUUAACGAUGAGAUCGUUAAUUUCCAGGAUUUGGACUAUGAACUGAGGCGGCAGACGCAGGAGUGUCCAUCCGAGAACGGACUGGAGCCUGGCAGCGACUCUGAGUGGCCCCACGUCACUGACGCCCUGGAUUCACCCCACACAGCACACAACCACACCAACUUCCUGGGACUCCAGCGCCCCCUAGCGCGGUACCACGAGCCCAACGUAUCGGAGUUGAGCGUGGGCGCGGCUUGGAGCGGCUCCGAGUCUCCGGCCGCGCCUCCUACCGCCACCGCCACCGCUACUGCGUUAGCCACCGCCACCGCCACCGCUCGCGGUGACCGCGACCGCUUACCCUUCGCGCUGUCAUCCGACACCAGUGACACGGGCAGCGAUCUCUCGCUCAUGAUCAUGGAGAACGAGCUGCAUGAAAUGAAAGCUAAUUCUAUUCAGAUGGAUAACACCCGAGUCGUGGUCACCCAUCUGCCGGUGGUGGAGGACGGGUUGUCUUCCGGACACGCGUCAGAUAACGACAAUAAAAACCAGAAUCAUACGGUGAUAAUAGAAGAGAUUAUAGAGAACGGAACGAGCGCCGAGACUCAUGCGCCGCUCUCGGACGCGGACCUACAUUCGCUAGAUCCUUUAGCCUGUGGUGAAGUGCCACCCCCUCCUCCCGCGCCGGCGCCGCACCGGCCCCCGGAGGCGCCGCAUGCGCUCUCCCCCGCGUCCCAUUCCCACCCCCACUCCCACACCCACUCGCACCCCCACUCGCCCGCGUUGCCGCACACGCCGCACCACCACCACUCGCCGCAUUCGACGCACGCGCCUCAUCAUGACGACGUCUACCCUCCUAGAAAAAGGCCAUCUUCUGCGCAAAGCACCGAAUCAGUGGAAAUCAAACCAACUAGUGGCGAUGAAGAUGAAGCUGAUACAGAUCUCGAGACUGAUAGACUACUGGGCCAGCAAAGAACUGAUGACCAAGGCUUUUUCGAUGACAAAGGAUGGCGCAAGCCGAAGUCGCGCACGGUGAUGCCGGCGGGUGGGACGGCGGCCGGCCGAUCACCGCCGCACUCGCACGACGCGCCCGACGCCCGGCCCGACGACGCGAUGCACAACGGGAAGGACAAGGAUGGGAAAAAGAAAAGUAAAAACAAAGAAGGGUUGGCUGCGUCAGUGCUGAUAGAAGGCGUCCUAUUCCGCGCUCGCUACUUGGGCUCCACGCAGCUGGCCUGCGAGGGGCAGCCCACUAAAGCCACGCGGAUGCUGCAAGCUGAAGAAGCCGUGUCCAGGAUCAAGGCGCCGGAAGGUGAGAACCAGCCCAGCACAGAAGUAGACCUGUUCAUCUCCACCGAAAAGAUCAUGGUACUGAACACAGAACUAAAGGAGAUCAUGAUGGACCACGCUCUGAGGACUAUAUCUUACAUCGCUGACAUCGGCGACCUGGUGGUUCUGAUGGCAAGAAGACGGUUCGUUCCGCACGAGAACGAUUCGGACCAACCCAAACUGAAUCGCACGCCCAAGAUGAUAUGCCAUGUGUUCGAAAGCGAAGAGGCGCAAUUCAUCGCACAAUCGAUAGGCCAAGCGUUCCAAGUAGCCUACAUGGAGUUUUUAAAAGCGAACGGUAUCGAAGACCACAGCUUCGUAAAAGAGAUGGACUACCAAGAAGUGCUGAACAGCCAAGAGAUAUUCGGGGACGAGCUGCAGAUGUUUGCGAAGAAGGAACUGCAGAAAGAGGUCGUGGUACCGAAGACUAAAGGGGAAAUCUUGGGGGUAGUUGUGGUGGAGUCUGGUUGGGGAUCGAUGUUGCCAACUGUGGUUAUUGCCAACUUGGCGCCGGCGGGAGCAGCAGCGAGGUGCGGCCAAUUGAAUAUAGGUGAUCAAAUUAUAGCCAUAAACGGCGUCAGCUUAGUGGGCUUACCGCUUUCCACUUGCCAGACGUACAUCAAGAACUCCAAGAACCAGACUGUGGUGAAACUCACAGUAGUACCGUGCGCGCCCGUCGUAGAGGUCAAGAUAAAGCGGCCGGACACCAAGUACCAGCUCGGGUUCAGUGUGCAAAACGGCGUGAUCUGCAGUCUCCUUCGCGGUGGCAUAGCGGAACGGGGCGGCGUGCGCGUCGGACAUCGCAUUAUAGAGAUCAACUCUCAGAGCGUUGUCGCCGUGCCCCACGAGCGGAUCGUGAACCUGCUGGCCACCUCCGUGGGGGAGAUACUGAUGAAGACUAUGCCCACGUCGAUGUUCCGGCUUCUAACGGGCCAGGAGAACCCGGUGUUCAUUUAA